CGCUGGUCGUCGCUUUCCUGCCGUCCUCCUCCUCUCCUUCCUCCAGCAGCAUCCGUGGCUCCCCGCAGAGGACAGCGGGUGUUUGUAGGACACAGGGCCCGCGAAGGGAGGGGUCCUGGCCUGGGCACGGAUCCCGAAGAGGCCCCGGGGCCGCCGCUGGAUGGAGUCGGGCUGCAUUCAGACAGCAAUGGCUAUGGGUCUGACAUCGAAAAAGGCGUCUGCACGGAGCGUCGGCGUGGAGCGAAAAAACCUCAUCACGGUGUGCAGAUUCUCUGUAAAGACUCUCCUCGAAAAAUACACAACAGAGCCGAUAGAUGACUCAUCAGAGGAGUUCAUCAACUUUGCUGCCAUUUUAGAGCACAUCCUAAGCCACCGCUUCAAAGGUAACACUGCAGGUUCAGGGAGCUGGUUCAGCUCUGAUGGACAGCGCAGUUUUUGGGAAUAUAUCCGACUGGCAUGCAGCAAGGUGCAGAACAACUGCAUUGCCAGCAUUGAAAACAUAGAGAACAUCAGCACAUCAGGAGCCAAGGGGCGGGCAUGGAUUCGAGUAGCCUUGAUGGAGAAACGUCUGUCUGAGUAUGUCUCCACUGCUUUGAGGGACACAAGAACAACCAGGAGGUUUUAUGAUGAUGGAGCCAUCAUGCUCCGAGAGGAGGCCACUGUUCUGACUGGCAUGCUGAUUGGCCUAAGUGCCAUCGACUUCAGUUUUUGCUUGAAAGGAGAGACUCUUGAUGGGAAAUCACCACCUGUGAUUGACUACACACCCUACCUAAAGUUUACUCAGAGCUAUGACUACUUAAGUGACGAGGAGGACCGCCGCAGUGUGGACAGCAGUAACAGUGAGGAGAGUGUCCCAGAGCACCCCUACAUCCCGUUGGUGACUGAUGAGGAGAGCUGGAGCAACAAGUGUCGCAAGAUGGAGCAGAGGUUUAAGAUUGUCUACGCCCAGAAGGGUUACCUGGAGGAGCUGGUUCGCCUGCGAGAGUCACAGCUGAAGAACGUUGAGACAGAGAACAAGUGUCUGAGAGCAAAGGUGGAGGAGCUGACGGUCCAGAGCCAACAGGAGAAGAAAGAGCUGGAAUCCAUAGUGCUGGAGCUGCAAGCACAACUCUCUGCCCUCAUGCCCUGUGAUUCCUCCCAUCUGGUGAAAGAUUUCUCCAUCCCGAUGGUCAAGCAGUGGUCCACCAUCACAAACAACCAGGGUGAUGUUAAGCUUUUCCGCAGGAGGAGUUUUCAAAGUUUGGAGCAGCUUUCAGAUGAAGUCGGUGUGAACUCUGACUGCCAGAAAGUUGAUGGGAGAAAGAACGGAGAUGCAGCCUGGACUGCAGCAGGAAAAGAAGACACUCCUUCCAUGCUGGGUCUGUGCGGCUCUCUGGCCUCUUUGCCGAGCUCAAAGUCUCUGGCCAGCCUCAAGUCCAGCGAGUGUUUGGUCAGCAUCAGCACCGAGCCCAGCCCUGCACUCUCUCCCAGCUAGGAGCUCCUAGACCUGCGAACAGCAACAGAGAUUUAACCCCCAGCCUGUCUGCCUGGUGAUGCUGCGUCGACCAUAACCCUGUUCCCACAAUCCACCCUCAACAGCUCCAUGAGAACACAACCGGAAAGACACCAUCUCUGGAUUUUUUUGUAGUACACAUUAGAGGGAAGUCAUCAUAAAGCAGAAAUGAUCCGCUCUCCUCGCCUUAUCCGCUCAAACUCCCCAACAACCACUUCGUACUCUCCGUUAAUCACCUGUUGUCCAAAGCACCCUUUUCCCCUUAAAUGAUAAUCCAAUGUUUCCCUUUUUUAAAUAUCAGUAUUCCUCCAAUGACAUGUAUGUUUAUGUGGCCAGUUUUAUUAAAUUUUAUUCUCAUAAUAUAAGCAAACAUCUCUCUUUGAAUGCAGCCACUCAUUUUAAGAGAUUCAGAUGAUCUUAUAAACUGUUCCUACAAUGAAAAGCACCUAAAACACUUAAACGAGUGUCCAAGGACUGCAAACCCAACUCAUGCAUAUCAUUUCUGCUUGAGAAAUCAAACAGUUUCAGUAUGUUUAAAUAUGUGCAGCUAUUUAUUGAAUCUAUUAAAUCUAAGUCUAUCACAUGUUUAUUUUAUCUUAAUUUAAUCCAAUACUGCAGUAUUUUCCCUUUACAGGCAUAUUUUUGUUUAUCAUUGUUUUGUGUUGCAAUAAACUGCCUUUUUCCAUUAUGUGCGUCUGUUUGGAUAUAUGUGGGGUGCGAUGUGUGCAGGAAAAGGUGUCUGACUCACUUCUUCAGAUUCUUCAGUGAACUGUUGCAACAAAAGAGCACAAAAACAUCAAACUAAGUCAACAAGGAAGUGGUUUUAAAUGGUUCCAGUAUAUCUGCUCCUGGAGAUGCUGGAUUGAAAAGUUCAUAGUUGGGAUAUGUGCUCUGGCUCCAUCUUGUGGUAUUGUAUUUGAAGGUGUUAGAUGUUGAAUGAAA